AUGGGCCCACAAGGAAAGACGGUGACCAAUGAGUUGGAUCUGAUCGCGGCCAGGAAUUCCGCCAACCGGAGCAGCACUUCGGCGAAGAAGGAGCGCGAGAAGGAUCAGGAAAAGUCAUCUCGACAACGUUCCCCGGAUCGUCGAAAGGAGCGCGAGCGAUCAAGGGAAGACCCGAGGACCCGAACUGACAGUAGACGACCACGAGAAGCCGAUCGGGGGCGAGAUCGAGAGAAGGAGAAGCCGAGAGAGGAUAGAAAAGACGAUCGAAAAGACGAGCGUCGCGAUGAGAGGAAAGACGAUAGAAGAGAAGACCGGAAGGAUGAUCGAAAGGACGAUAGACGCGAAAAGGAUGCGCGAGAUCCACGAGACCGAGAUGUAAGAGACAGAAAACGCUCUCCGGAUCGCACUCGAGAUUCCAGAGAAGCGAGAGACCCUCGAGACCGCCCGGAUUCUGGAAGACGUCGAGUGGAAAGAUCGGAGCCAAGGAGGGAGGAGAGGAAAAAAUCCGAUAGCACCGAUCCUCGGGCUGCCAGCAAGCGCGUGAAAGCUAUCGACGAAUCUUCUUCAGAAGGGGAAGAGUUCGAGGUGGCGCCGUCGAUUUUUGGCAAGCCGUUGCCAUCAGCCAACGAAUCGGGUAAGAAGUCGAAGAAGCGGAGCAAGGCAGGCAAUGAGAACAACUCGCCAACAACCUCCCAAUCGGCGGAUGCUGAACUGACAAAUGCAUCACUUGACGCUAGCUCCCAACUCCCAGAUGCCUCGCCACCAUCCCCUUGUGAAAGCGAUAUGGAUAUCGAUUUCACCGAAGAAGCCCCGGUCGCGAGUAGCAGCACCAGUAACGCGAAAUCGGGGCUCGAGAAUUUUAUGCCAAACGGAUAUAACGCGAAGCAAUCAUUGGAAGCAAAGACGGCAUCGUUUAGACAAGCCCUCGAGCGCUGUGCAAUGCCCGGACUCGACCCUGGUUUUCCUCCGGAUCCCGAACAGUCAACUUUUGAAAACCUGGACCUCGGAUAUAUCGAGGAGCCGAAAGAAAGAGAGCGCAGAUCUUUUGCGGAAAAAUAUAAGAAAGAAAUCCACGACAAAACCAAGGACAUUGUGGUGCAGUGGUAUUACGAUAAGAUGAUUAGCAAAGAGGAAUAUAAGGAUAUAAUGCGCGACAUCGUCAAACCGUGCCUCAAAUACCGUAUCCGGUCCCGCGCCGAGAUCCGUGACCGAGCCCAGAAAAUCUUGGCCGAGUACCGUAAAAAGGUACGG